GUCUGUGGAUUGGUGCAGCGGCGCGGGCGGGCUCCUCUGCGGGCUCGGUGUUGAAGGCUCGCGGAGAGCGAAUGUCGUCAUGAGCGGUGGGUAGGAAUUAAACCAACAUCGGUGUUUAUUUUCUCUCAUUUACUUCAUCAAAACUCACAUUUACAAACAACACGAGCUGAGCGGACGGUCCGAGCUUUAAACAGCAGGGUGUGAGGAGAGCUGCGACACUUAACUGAACAGAUAUAAGCAAUGCACUUCCGGUAAAGGGUCUGCCUUUUUUCCUGUUAUCAGAGAGUUUGACCUGCUAACGAAGCUAACGAUGCUAAAGCUAAAGUCUCCUUUUUAACUCCGUUCCUGUGAAAAACUCCGUCUGUGUUUCAGUCAGGACCUCCGUCUGUGGUCUUACAGGGUCUUAGAGACUGUCCCAGUUUGACCAGUUAGACUCAGACUGGAGCAGAAAAAACACAGCAGCCUGUUUACUUUGUAUUAGCUGUUAGCUUCGGAGCUAACACCAUCAUCAUCUGUGAGCUCAGAGCGGCGGACCGAACCGACCGAACGGAACCGAGACAGAGAGAGAGAGAGAGUUUGAGAGAGGGAGGCGAGAUUUAGAGGCCGAACACUGCUGUGUGUGUGUGUGUGUGUGUGUGUGUGUGUGUGUGUGUGUGUGUGUGUGUGUGUAACAGGGCUUAAACACACACACACACAGGUCUGUCUGCUGUUGGACCGGAACCGAACCUGGACUCACUGAUGAGAAAGUUUCUGUCCGAAUUAUUCAGAACAAGAAUCAGAACCAGAGGAGAGAGAGAGAGUUUGUGUGUGUGUGUGUGUGCGCGCGCGCGCGUGUGCGUGUGAGUGUGUGUGUGUGUCUCACUCCCAGAGACCACAGUUCCUGAUCUGCAGACAUAACUUCACAGUAGGGCUGAUCGAUACGUAAAUAAAGUUUAUCAGGACAUAUUAUUUAUUUCCUAUCAGCUGAUCAUCGAUCGAUCAUCGAUCAAUAUCAGGAUCUAAAAAUCUAACAGUGUUUCUUGGUCUCAUGUCUUUUCCAACACAAUAAUCUCCUGCAUCUGUGAGGUCUUUGUGUCUCUUUGGCGUUUUGUCGUAAGGCGUCGCUCUAGAGAAAGACGACUGAAUGGUCGUCUGUUUCAGGCGCCAUGGGCUCCUCGCUCCUCUCGGGGUUUGUAACCUUUUGCGUUGCGCGUGCUCUGCGGCGUGGCGCUGCUUCAGGUGGUGAAAAAGAUUUGAGGUAUUCCCCGACUUUGUGAGAACAUGUACUCGACAUAAUUUACAGUCCACAUUACUCUGCUUCAUGUCCGACCUCCAAAAACCAAAAUACCUCCACACCACCGACGUUUUCCUAACGCCAGUGUUGUGGUUGACAUUGAUGUGGUCAUCUGUUGAGCCUUCAUGGUCAUUUCUGUCGGGGGUAGCACUCAUUUUCUUUGUUUCUCACCAACAGUGCUGUCGGCUUCACCUGUUAAAGUGCUAUGGUUGGGUGGAGCUGCUGUCUGCUACGACGCUGCAGUUGGUUGAUACUUGGUUCUAAUUCAGAACAUGAUUGGUUCAGACCCGGAGAAACUCCCCUUUUCAUUGGCUGUUCGGAUAGUCGACCAAAACAUGUCAGAAUGACGACUAUUGAAAAGGAUAUUGAUCAUGUUUUAUAUUGAUAUUGAAGGAAAUUAACUCUUCAUAUUUCUCGUUAUCGUUUUAUCGCCCAGCCCUCUGUAAGUGAGGAGCUCUGAUCUCAGGUGUGUUAAAGAUGAUAUAAACUCGUCUGAUUGGCUGAAACCGUCUUUGUUUAUCGACGAUGACGUGUCUGCGUUAAAGCGUGUCGGGUUGUGAGCGCUCUCCCCUCCAUUAGAGGUGUUUUCUUUGUUGGAAAGCAGCGCUGCUGUUUGGAGCUCCAAACACCCGAGGAACAGGUCCCUACAGCAGCGUCUGUCCCGGAGCUUUUCCCUCCGACUUUUACAGCCUGGACGGAUUUCAGGAAACAUUAGUGAGAACUUCAGAUUUACUCGGCUCUUAAACGCCUGCUCUCCGUCAGGUCGUUUACAGUCUCAGUUUAAUCGGACUAACCUCAUAAUUCGUCUUUUUCCGACUUCUCUCCUUGUCCUCGUUUACAUGCAGCUGAGAAAAUGGAAUUAUUAACGUGAACGUGUCCUCCUCCCCAACACUAGGGGGCAUCUAAGUCAACUAAGUCCUUACCAUGCGGCGACUCCCACUCCAGAGUCAUGUGACUAACCUGUUGGACAACGUUGGUUUAAAAUCAUCUGAAAACCAUAAAAAUCGGUUUUAUUUCCGAUCAUUUUAACUUUUAAAUGUCUUUGAAGAAUGUCGUCUCAAACUCCGAUUAUCGUCGUUCUAAGGUGUUUACAUGACCUUCAGUUGUCCGGUCUUAAUCGGAAUAAGGCGAUAAUUCGUACUCAGAAAUCGACUCUCCUUUUGCCUUUUUUCCGAUUGGUUAGUUCCCUGUGGUCCCGCCCACCUGUCCGUCCUCCUCCUGGUCCAAACGUCCUCCGUCGUCCCUCUGAUUCUAACUCUGCUCUCUCUGUGUUUCCAGAACAACAGGACAGUAUGGCCGCCACUGUUGCCGUCAGUCCCAGUGAAUACCUUCAGCCCUCCACCGCCACCACACAGGUCAGUAACAGGCCCCGCCCCCCGGCGCCGUCAUGUGGUCCUGGUUCUGUCCACAGCCUGACUUCUGUCUCUCCUCCUCCAGGACACUCAGCCCUCCCCCCUGGCCCUCCUGGCGGCCACCUGCAGUAAGAUCGGCCCCCCCGCCGCUCAGGCGCCCGCCGCUUCUCCUCCACCGCAGCCGCAGCCUCGCAGGCUCCUCCCCAUAAAGCCGGCGCCGAUCGCCCCCGCGCCGCCCAAAAACCUUGGGUUCCUGUCAGCGAAGGGUAAUGUGAUCCAGCUCCCCGCCGGCCUGGGUUCCACGGCGUCCGGCAGCCCCAUCGUGCUCACCAUCCAGCAGAGCCCAGCCCGCACAAACGCCGCCGCCCCCGCCAACAUCCAGUACCAGAUGGUGCCGCAGAUCCAAGGCGCCCAGACCAUCCAGGUGAUGCCGCAGGGAGGGCAGAUCCAGCUGAUCCCAGGAACCAACCAGGCCAUCAUCACCACCCCCAUGACGGUACCCGCCCCCGCCGUGGCCACCGCCCCCGUCACCCCUCAGAAAACUGUUGCCAUCAAACCCUCCCCGAAGCUGCGCAAGCCAAACAACUCCGCCGCCAACGUGGUGCAGCUGCCCAGCGGACUCACACUGCCGCUCAAUGUGGCCACGGGUGAGGUGGGCGGGGCUCAAAUAAUCACAGAGACAGCAGCGGCCCCGCCCACUCCAGUAAAGGGGCGGCGAGGGAGGAAGAAGAGAGUGGUUCUGUCUGCUCAGGCUCCUCCUCCGGCUCCUCCUCCUGCACAGGCGGCGUCCCCCCCACCCGAGCAGAUGGAGACCAUCCUGAUCGAAGCGGGAGACAACAUCAUCCAGGUGGGUCUGUCCAGAGGGUCCCGGGUCCUUCUGGACUCUUUCAGAACCUUCACUGACGGUCCUCAGAGGUCAAAGGUUAACGUAUUGAUCUGAUGAGGACGGUCAUCAUCGAUCAGCUGAUUUUGAUCCUGAAGCAGGUCAGAGCGUAGAUGUUCUUACACCAGAAUCCCUCUUCAGUCACCUGGUUCUAACAGGAUCUGCUGCUGAAUGAGAACCCUGGUUACCGUGGUUACCAUGGUUAUUGUGGUUACCGUGGUUACCGUGGUAAGAGGAGAGAGGAGGAACAGGUUUUUGGACCCUGCGGCGGUUCUGGUCUCUGGUUUGUAACGUCUCAGCUGGUGAUGACCCGCUGUGACCUCUUUGGAGUAAUUUUGUCGACAUCAUCGCCGGAUCGCUGCUCUGAUGGCGAGAUGUCUGGUGGUUAGCGCCCCCCAGAGUCCUUCAAAGGGAUCAUGUUUGUUUCUGAGUCGGUCUGGACCCUCUCCAGGGAACGGGUCGAGGAUUUUUACUCUCAGACUUCGAACUUUGGGAAUGAAGUCGUUUUUUUGCCAUCAGCUGUUUGUUCUGUCGUCUUUGAGCAGAGCCGCUCUUCGGUGAGUCACAUCAGCGCCCUCUGCUGGGUGGAGUUCAGAGCUGCACCCUCUGUCGUGUCAGGAGUUAAUCCUCAGUGAUAACAUGAGUCUGAACCAGGACUGAGCGAUUCGGUAAAAAGAAAUGAUCACGAUUUAUUUUGUAAAAUCGUCCGAUCUCGAUUAUUAUCACGAUUCUUUAAAUAUCUGAACUAAAAACUGAAGAAACUAAAAAUUAUUUUAUUAACAUACAAAGUAAAAUAAAUAAAAUAAACUUAAAAAAAUAAAAAAAACAUCUGAACUCAACAAAUACAGAUAAAUAUUAAAUAAUACAGUGAACUAGUUCUUACAGUUCUGAGUGUUUCUGCAGGAAUGAUAGAUCCAAAAUAAACAGAUGUCCCCUCAGAGAUACUGAAGAUAGAAAUAGAAUAGAAUAGAAUAGAGCAACGAAACACAGUUUUCAUCCCUCCUGAGGGUCACAGCUGGACCCUCCAGAGUCGGACUAUCCCACCAUCAUCAGAACCCGGGUCACCUGGAGCAUCAACAUGAGGUCCAGAUAGAAUCAGAACUCCAGUCCCUCUCAGAUUCUCCAAAGUCCGGGUCCACCUGCUCAGAUAGUUCUGGUAUUUCCUCUGAUCCGUUUGGUCAAAAGUUCUGAUGGUUAAACGCGGCCCAUGACCCCGCCCAUCUUUGUCCCCACAGGCCGGUAACAACCUCCUGAUCGUUCAGAGUCCCGGUCAGCCCGCCGUGGUGCAGCAGGUCCAGCUGGUCCAGUCCAAACCCGAGUCUCAGGUGGUCCAGAUCCCCCAGCAGGCCUUGAAGGUGGUCCAGGCGGCGUCCGCCACGCUGCCUCAGGUCCCGCAGAGACAGUCGGCCCCGCCCAGUCUGCAGGUCACCCCGACAGAACCCUCACCCACUCAGGUAUCAGACGGUCCCUUCAAAAUAAGAGCGUGACACGGAUCAGCUGAUCCGACCUAAAGGGGGCGGAGUCAAACCUUCGUCCUCGUAAACCUCCGUCAACUUCUCUGUUUCAGUUCAUCUUCAAAACGGCGUCGGGUGAGUGGCAGUCCGUUCAGCUCCAGGACUCUGUUUCCACGACAACGACACCCACCACCCCUGUGGCGCCCACCACCGCCAUCUCCCCGCUGGCCGCCACCAAGAGGGCGUUGCCAGGGGGACGAAAGGAGCGCACUCUGGCCAAAAUCGCGCCGGCGGGAGGAAUGAUAUCCCUGAACGCGUCACCGCUGUCGACGGCCGCUCAGGCGGUGCAGACCAUCAGCAUCAACGGGGUCCAGGUUCAGGGGGUUCCUGUCACCAUCACCAACGCGGGCGGUGAGUGAGACCUGGAUUCAUUUCCUCUGAUGGCGUUUUCCUGGCGCUCCGUGUGAACAGUCAGUCUGUCUCUCUGAUUCCAGGUCAGCAGCACCUGACGGUCCAGACCAUGCAGGGAGGGGGGCUCCAGCUGGCAGCAACGCCGGGUCAGCAGGCCAUCCAGGUGGACCAGACCCUCACCCUGGAGCUGCCCAGUCAGCCGGGAGAGAAGAAGAGACGCAUGGCGUGCACGUGUCCGAACUGUAAAGACGCAGACAAACGGUGAGUGAGGCGGGAACGCCGAGGCGCUUCUCAGACGCCGGACUCGGGUUUGAAUUUUAGUCUCUGAGUCAAAAACGUUCAUUUAAGUUUUUCUAAGUUUUAGUUUAAACUCAGUUUUUAGUUUCAGUCGGAAAAACCCCGAACAGUUUUAACCGUUUUAACUAUUUAAACAGUUUUAACUAUUUUAACUGUUUUAAUUAUUUUAACUGUUUUAAUUAUUUUAACUGUUUUAAUUAUUUUAACUGUUUUAAUUAUUUUAACUGUUUUAACUGUUUUAAUUAUUUUAACUGUUUUAAUUAUUUUAACUGUUUUAACUAUUUUAACUAUUUAAACAGUUUUAACUAUUUAAACAGUUUUAACUAUUUUAACUGUUUUAAUUAUUUUAACUGUUUUAAUUAUUUUAACUAUUUUAACAGUUUUAACUAUUUAAACAGUUUUAACUAUUUUAACUGUUUUAAUUAUUUUAACUGUUUGUGAAUUUGAAUUUGUCGAUGUUCGCUCUGCAGGCCGGGAGAGGUGGGGAAGAGGAAGCACAUCUGCCACGUCCCCGGGUGCGAGAAGACGUUCAGGAAAACCUCGUUACUCCGAGCUCACGUACGGCUGCACACCGGCGAGCGCCCGUUCGUCUGCAACUGGGUGUUCUGUGGGAAACGCUUCACACGCAGCGACGAGCUGCAGCGGCACGCCAGGACGCACACAGGUCUGUGGUCGAGACGCUCACACACACACACACACUCACACUCACACUCACACUCACACACACACACACACACACACACUCACACACACACACACACACACACAGCUGUUUGUGUUUUUUUAGAUAAUGUGAUUAAAUCAAAGAGAAUCAUCAUCUUAAAUAAACCCUGUCCGCUCUGAAAUACAGAUUUAAAGACACGGGUUCAGUCAGAGGCAGGAGGACAGUGUUUGGAUGUGACAGGAAGUUCUCACACCGUGAACAUUAACUGUUAUUACAUUAAUUAAAAAGGUUCCACAGGUUCCCGUCUGUCAUUAAAGGAGGUCCUCUGAAGCUUUAGUGAAAAUCUGAUCCGUUUGAUAUCCCAGACGGUUAGAGUCCAGACGUUACAGGAGGAGGUUCUGAUGGUUCUGGACUCAGUAAGAUGUUGAAGUCCAAACCUUCAGGUAUUACAUUUUUAAAAUCCUCCUUCAGGUGUUGAAAACCUCCGUCUAAAACGCUCUUAAUUUAGGGCGGAGCCUACAUAUGUGGGCGUGGUUAUCUGUUUGGGCUCCACAGUUUCUCCAACAUGAACUGUGAUCUUGUGGACCCGUCUCUGUCUCUGCUGUUCUGAAAUAUAGAGUUAUUAUUUUCCAUAUUUCCUCCAUGUAUCAGAGUUUAUCACCUGCUUCAGUUCAGACUCUGUUGGUGUUUUUCCCAGACUGCAUCAGUCAGUCGCUCAGCACGUGAGUUUGGAGGGUGCGGUGCCGUCCCAAACACACUCACCAGAAACGACGACGUGAUUUUCCUCGUGUCUGAACUUUUAUUCUGAAAAAUAACAAACUAUUAACAAAUCAAAAAUGUAGAAGAAGAAAACUAAAGAUUCUCUGUUUACAUUUCAAACAUUUGGAACUCAAGAUAAACUUUUUACAAACUAAACAUUUAAAACGAGAAACUGUUUAAAAAAAACUACUUUGUAAAUAUAAUAUAUGAAAUAUUAAAAUACAUUUUAAAUAUAUUAAAACAUAAAGGUAACUUAUUACUCACAUCUGUACAAAGCUCCCAGGUCGACCGUCGUCUGGUCAGCCGCCGUUCUUACCGAUGACGUGAGCGUGGCGAGCGUCCACGGUCACAUCCUCAGAAUCUUGACUGAUUUGACUUCAUCAUCCGAGAACUUCUGCAAACUCAAUUUUCACAAACUAUCCAAACUGUUUUUCCAUUUUGAGUCGAGUAAACUCUAAAUUUUCUGUAUUUAGUCUGAAAGUCUGAGAUCUGGGAAAAACACCGAUCCUCCUGAGAAAAGAGUUUAUUCUGAUCCACAGAUAAUAAGAGUCUGAUUUAUAUUUUAGAAAAUAUAAUAAUAUUUUCUGUUUCCAUCAGGUUCUUUUCUACAGAUGUAGGUUUUCUGAAUUUAGUCCUUGUGAGAGUCAGAAAGGUUCAGAGUCGACAUUAGGGAGAUUUAAAACCAUCAAACAGUCGAUUUUUUAAACUGUUAUCCAGAUUAUUCUGUUAAAGUCCUGAUAAACUUCUGAGAGGACUCAGAUUUCCCCUCUUUAACGUUUCCUCGUUGUUUUUAAUAAUGAUAAUAAUAAUGAUAAUAAUAAUAAUUAAUAAUAAAGAUAAUAAUGAUCAUUAUUACUGUCGUUGUUUUUAAUAAUAAUAAUAAUAAUAAUAAUAAUAAUGAUGAUGAUUAUUACUGUCGUUGUUUUUAAUAAUAAUAAUAAUAAUAAAGAUAAUAUUGAUGAUUAUUACUGUCGUUGUUUUUAAUAAUGAUAAUAAUAAUAAAGAUAAUAUUGAUGAUUAUUCCUGUCGUUGUUUUCAGGAGACAAACGCUUCGAGUGCAGUCAGUGUCAGAAACGCUUCAUGAGGAGCGACCACCUGACCAAACAUUACAAGACUCACAUAAACACCAAGAACCUGUGAGUCCAGGUCAAACAAGGACGGACUCUGAGAGAGUGAAGACCGAGGACCAGAGGAGAGUCUGGGACUGAAAACCCUCCUAAAGGUCCCCGGACCCCCACCCUCCCCCUCUGUAGCGCCGUGUACAAAGAAAUCCUCCAAACUCAUCCAGCUCCAUGAUCCACCACGGUUUCUCUGUUUCUGACUGAACCCGGCCAGAACCCGACCAGAACCCGACCCGGCUCUCUUAUUUAUGGACUUCUCUGAGGGAAGACACCAAGACCAGGACCACAGGACUCCAGUCAGUCCAGGAGACCCUCUCAGUUUUCUCUUCUCUCCAAAUGCUGCUCAGUUUUUUGUUUUCGUGUUUCGGUGAAAAAACAGUUUGACUGAAAUCCCAGAAUCCUCGAAAGUUCGGCAGAAUUUUGACGUUUAUUUUAGAAAUGGGUUUUUAUUUCUGGGAUUCUCCGAGUUCUUAGAUGAGUCGACAUUUAGAUUAUUUAACUUUGGCCUCAACUUUUGGAUUCUGAGAGGGAAUUUUUAAAUCUGUAUUUUCAAGAUUCAGAGGAAAAAAAGUCUGAAUUCAAACUGAAGUUUAAGAAUUUCGAGACGUGAAUCAAAAUUUACCGAAAGACGAAAGGAGUCCGAACUUUAAAAAAGACGUCGGGAUUGGGACUUUCUAAGAACGGAUUCACGACUUCAGUCAGAGCGAAGACUUCAUUUUUUAAUUUUCACUUUUAAAAACACUUUGAUAAAAACUGAAGUUCGGCCGACUCAGAAUCAGAAUCCCAUUAAAAAAAACGGUAAAUUUGUUCUUUGGUCUUAAAACUCUUUUCUUAGAAUUCCGACAUGAAAGUCAAAAAUCGGCUUUUAUCUCCGAACUAACUUUAAAAAACAAAAAAAAAUCCACUUUUGUUUCAGAAAUCUGUGAAAUCAGAACAAAGUCCGACUUCAGGACGACGAUAAACGGACCUGAGAACGCUUUACUCCGGUCUGUGGUGGUCUGUGGUGGUCUGUGGUGGUCUGUGGUCCCCCAAACUCUCGGCUGGAAAAGGAAAACCCGGUUCUGGAUCAGUGCUGACCCGUUCUGUCCUCCCAGAUGAGACUGACUCCAUUCCAGCGGGACUCUGCUCCUCUGCUUUAACAACACUUCGACCGGAUCAACGCUUCGCCGUUCACACGCCUGACUCGACAAUCACGCCCUCAGAUGGUCGAUCACUCUGGACAUGACGAUGUUUCUCAGCUUUAAUCCUGAAUUAACAAUGAGACCGGACCGGACCGGACCGGACCUGCUGUUCCACAUCCUUUUAACCGUUUUUUAAGUAUCUGCUGAACUUUGACGAACAGGUCAUGGAGUCUGUUCUCUGCUCUUAUUUCAGACUCUAACUCCUCGUCUCUCCAUCAGAGAAGCUUUUUUUGUGCCAUUAGAAGCCCGUGGUCGUUUGUCGUUUCCUCUGUGCUGGUUUUAUAAACUGUGACAUGUUUGUUAACGGGACGGCGCCGCUUUGCUCGACGUGUAAAAAUCUGGAGAAAACACAGAAAAUCAACCAAAAAGUUGGAGUCCAGAUUUGUCUCGAAGCGUUGUGAAGCCCAAAGGUUUUGACAGCGGCGACUAAAAUCAAACAUCUGGUGAGAGUUGACUGUGCGGUCUGGAGACGUGGUGAUGGCGUUGGGGCGGAGGGGCAGAGCCUGCUCAUAUUUAUGUUUGUUCUUCAUGUCUGAACCUGUAAAUACAUCCAGUGUGUGUCUGUGUGACACGGUAAAUGUAGGAUAUUAGGAAACAUCAAGUGAAGCUGCCUGGUGUCGUGGUCGGAGCGCUCAGCCAUGAAGGAAACCGACUUUUGUACAGUGUGUAAGGAAUAAAAUCUAAUGUGACCUUGUAUAGCUUCAUUCCUGCUUUGUAUAAGACUUGUAGAUCUUUUUUCUAUUGAAUUAAAGAUGCCUCUGACAGCUGCACCCAGUAUUUAAAGUUUUUCAAUUCAAGGUUACGACAUUUGUAAAAAAAACUCUUUUCUGUUUUUAACUUAUAAUAAUGUGAUGUGCACUGAUAAAAAAAACAGGUACAAAUUUGUAAAUAUAACAUUUUCCAAAUUAAGAUAUUUAUAACUCUGUUUUUUGUAAGUUUAAAAGCUUUUCCGCCUCCAAAUUCAAAUGUUAUAAAUUUUUUCUGCAGUUAGCUUUUUUUUUUUUUUUGAGAACCAGCCGUUUAUAUUCUCAUGUGUAAAGGUGCUAAAAUAGAAGUUUGCUCCUUUUCUACACUCACCACUCAAUAAAGAUCUCAAUCUGUCA